AUGAAUGCCAUUCGUGAGAAAAGAUUCCUGAAUACUGACAGAAGAGCAGCUCCAGCAACAGAGGAGGAUCUCGGGAGAGAUGUGGGCUUCCAACAACUCCAUACAGAAGCAUCUCUUCCCGAUUCUGACUCAGGUAGCUUUUAUUCAUCUUCAUCUCAUUUAAUGGCCUCUGAUAAUUUGAGUGUUUCUGCUUUUGCCUCUUCGGAUGAGGAGAUGCCUGAGUCCUUCUAUCAUAUACCUGAGGUGCCUUCCCAUGAGGAUUUGUCUGACUCGGCAUCAUAUGUGCCUUCCCUGUUUAUCCCCAAUGUUCCUGAUUUUCCAUCUUUUGAUGAUGACUCUGUUCACCUCAUCUCUGUACUAGAUAUUGUGUUGUUUGAUUCUGAGUCUAGUAUUAGAGAGUCUGUAAUUGCAUCAAUGAAUGCUUUUGAUGAUUUGGACAGCUCUGUGAAGGAUGAAUCUACUUUGUUGCAAGUCUCAGAAAAUACUGCGCAAAUGUACUAUUCUUCUGACGACCCUGCUUCAAAGCAUUCCUCUUGUAAUAGACAGGAUAGACAGGCUAGAUAUUUUAGAGCCUUGAAAGGCAAAAGGAAGCUGAGUAAAGUGACCAACAGAAAAAAGCCAGGAUGGUCAAUGCCAGUUUUUUUAAUGGAGGAGGAGCCGGAUCAUAGUUCAGAUUCAAGUGUUAGCCAAAGCCACCUGAAGGAUGGCAGUAGGAGCUCUGAAAACAAAGAGGCGGUUGCUAGGGCUACCAAUACUACUCAUCAUACUACUCAGAAAACAGGUCCAUGGAGAAUGACGAUUGAGCGUGAUCGGUUGUAUGCAUCCUCAAAUUCAGAAAGUGACAGGAAGAGACACUCAGACACCCCCCCUGGAGGACGUCAUGUGCUCCCAUGUGAAGCGGAAGAAAGAUCACACUGA